GAAGUGGGCUGAAGAGAGAAAGUGCAUCACAUAUGCUGAGGCUAUGAGUAUAUGCUGAUGUCGUGGUCAGUAAAUGGAAACCUGGCAACUCCAUUACACUAUUUCUGCAGUGUAAGCAAGUGCACUGAAGAUGUUUUCCUUGCUUAUAGUAGUUCUGCUUGUAGUUGAAGGAAACGCCACAGCAGGAUGAAGUUAAGAGUCUUCACACUCUGCUGGAAUACGUAGAAGACGGGGGAUUUUUUUUUUUGGAGCAUAAGAACUUAGAUGGGAAAGAUUUUCUACAAACCUCUUAUCUCCUAAGAGACUGCUAAGAUCAAGGAAUACACUAGAAUCUCCAAAGUCCCUCCAUCAUUCUGCAAACCCAGCAGGAAACCUCUCUCACCAGGGGCACCCGGUCUCAAGUGUUCCUUCUUCUCUGUACUGUACCGCCUCCUGCUGGAGCAAUGACAAACCCAUACAUAUACGAUCAUUACAAUUACACAGGUAAGCUGCACAAUCGGAAUGACACCACCAGUUUUGAUUUAGAUCCCAAGAAGGCGGUGUUUCUGGUUAUAUGCAGCUUCAUAGUGCUGGAAAACUUGAUAGUGCUGAUAGCAAUAUGGAAAAACCACAAAUUCCACAGCCGCAUGUAUUUUUUCAUUGGGAAUCUUGCACUGUGUGACUUGCUUGCCGGUGUGGCAUACGUCGUAAAUCUAUUGAUGUCUGGGGAAAGAACUCUGCACCUUUCGACAGAAGAGUGGUUCAUGCGUGAGGGGAGUGUGUUUGUAGCACUGGGAGCAUCCAUUUUUAGUCUGCUGGCUAUUGCCAUUGAAAGGCAUCUCACCAUGAUCAAAAUGAGGCCUUAUGACUCUACUAAGAACUACAGAGUGUUUCUGCUCAUAGGGGCGUGCUGGCUGAUUGCUGUGGCUCUCGGAGUGCUGCCCAUCCUGGGCUGGAACUGCCUGGGCAACCUUCCAGAUUGCUCAGUCAUUUUACCGCUCUACACAAAGAAGUACGUGGCAUUCUGCAUCAGCAUCUUCACGGCCUUGCUGCUGACCAUUUCUGUACUGUACGCUCGCAUUUACGUCCUGGUGAAGUCCAGUAGCCGCAAGGUGAUGAAGCACAGCAACUCUGAGCACUCCAUGGCCCUGCUGCGGACAGUUAUCAUCGUCGUCGGGGUCUUCAUCGCAUGCUGGAUGCCCAUUUUUGUCCUCCUGCUUACUGAUGUGGCCUGCAAGCCAAGGCAAUGCCCUAUCCUGCUCAGUGCCGACUGGUUUAUUGCUCUGGCCGUGAUGAACUCGGCUUUGAACCCGGUGAUCUACACUCUGGCGAGCAGGGAGAUGCGACGGGCGUUUUUAGGGGUGCUGUGUGGAUGUUUAGUGACACCAUGUAUGGUUGGCGGCAAAGCAAAUGGAGAAGGCAGCAGGAGUAAGAGCUCUAGCCAGAGUCAGAAACCAGCUGAAGAUCAGGAGAAACAAGAGAACGCUGUCACUCAGCCAUCAUAGAGAGCCCAGACUCGUGGAAUGAGGCGUAACCCUCAAAGAUCCAUUUAAGACUAGUAUAUAGCCAUGAAUGUUGGGUUUAUCUUCAGAAGGUCCAGCAGAAGUUGAAGUUUUUCUCCUCGGCUUAUGUCACAGAGUUGAACAGGCAGCUAAUGACAGACCAUUGAAAGCAGAGAAUUUCAUUCCUGGUUGGUCUAUGCACAAAAACAUACAUUCAAUCAAACAGUCUUAUUCUUCUGUGCUUUAUGAAUACCAUAUAAACACCAAUAUUCUUAAAACACAUCAAACUGCCAAUGUAUAACUUGAUUUUGUGACUAAAAUCAAUCUACAGUCUAUCAGAUUCUCCAAACCCAAGCCUAUUCUGAACUUAAACACCGACCCUGAGAUCUUUCCUGCCAAGACUGAGGAAACAUUUGGAGCAAGACACCAUGAUAUUUUAAACUGGAAUGGAAAUUUCAACCAAGUCUUUCAACCAUCCUUUUUUUUGCUUGUUAUAAAAACUGUUCUUGCAUGUUGUAAUUUCUUUGCCCAUGAUUAGUUUUUUCAGCAUAAGAGGGCUGACAAAGAAUUCCAGAUGGUGGUGGAAAAAAAGGACUAGGCUGCCUCAAUUUCCCUUCUUUGUCGUGCCAUUUGGUCUAUAUUUUAGCAAAGGAACCAGCAGCUUAAACUGAAUGAAUUUGGUUGUACAUUACUGACUGAAUCCAUGUAGCUGAUACAGAGGUAGACCCUAGAAAGUAGCAACGUUUAAUGUCAGAUAAUCCAAAUUGUACUUACCUUAGACCUGGCUUCACAUUUCACCACAAUUAAUUCUACUUAUACCACAGUCAUGUUGAAUUUCUGCACUCGUUCUAAUAUGUUAUCAUUUCUAUAUUAACAACAGAUUUUUAAAAAGUAUAUAAUCAAUAAUGGUGAUGUUUUCUGUAGCACUUUUGGAAGAAGUCUUCAAUGCUUUAUAACAGUCGGAAGUAAAGCUGUAACUUUAAGUAUUCAGACAUGGGAAAGUCUUCAGGAUGGAGGGAUUUGCAAUUUCUCCGUAACACAAGAUACAUUUUUGUCUUAUUAACUUCAAAAGAGCAAACAUCUGUUUGGUAAAUUCAUUUUAAAUGUAACUAUGAACUAUGAUGUAACAUUGAUCAUUGACAAAUUGCUGUGGUAUAAAAGGAAUAAAACACUUCAGAAAUAAUCAACUUCAGGGUGGUAACAGUAAAUCCACCUCUAUCACUGAUUACUUUCCUAUAAAAGCACGAAGAAGUGUUUUAUUCUUUGCAUGUUUUUCACCAAACCAAACUGCCCAGUUGCCUGUGAGAUGUUCUGUUUGUGAUUUCAGAAGUCACUCUGAAGAACAAAUCAUUUCUGACCACGAUUAGUGUAUUAAUAUUACUGUUCAAUGUGAGUAUGAUGUUAUGCUUCUAUUACAACUAUGUGACUUUACAAUCGUGACUCGUUUGAGUUAUGUUCGGAUGUGAGGUAUCAGUGCAUGAAAAGAACUUUUGAAAAUGAUAUUCUCAAACUUUAUAAAACACUAAGCUGUAGAGUUUUGAUUGUACUCUAGUAUAAAAUAAAUCUAGUGCUUUAAAUAAAGCUAAGUUUGGGAUCUGAAGUAGAAAAAAA